AUGGAUCUACAUAGAGAUAUAGAAGGAUGGUUAGCAUCUAAAUUAGAGGAUGCAUGGAGUUCUGAAAAGAUUGCUCCCCUUCUUACCAAGGAUAUAUUAGAGUUUUGUCUAUUAAAAUUUACAAAGAUUGAUAGUGCUGUUAGAAUGAAGCUCUUAUUCUCAUUUCUCAGUUUGAGAAAGAAACAGUUUGGAGAUCUUGAGGGUACAAUCAACAUGUUGAUACAAGUAGCAGAUGAAGAUGAUGAUGAAUGGGUGAAAGCACUCAGUCAGAUACUAGUUACCAUUGCACAAGACAAGAUAUCAACAGACAUUGAUUUGGAUUCAUUCAACAACUCUAUCAAAAAGAUUUCUUCACAAUUAGAGAGAACUGGGUCACCCAAAUUCUAUCCAAAGGAAUAUAUGUAUUUGAAUUCAAAUGUAUUGCCAAGUAUGGCAUCGACAGCGAUUGAAUCAUUGAAACAACAGACUGCGACGGGAACCAGUCAACACUUUAGAUUAAAGAAACCUACCUCUGAACUUCCCAUCUUUUCAAAAAAAUCAUUUACUCCAACUCUUACUGCAUCAAAGUCUGGUGUUCCGACAAGUGGUGGUGGCGGCGGUGCAAGCACAGGUACAACAUUACCUAGUAUUGGUGGUGGCAGUGGAAACAAUGCACCUAUAGUAUCUUCUUCAUCCACUUCAUUUGGUAACACGUCGCCAACGUCGACGGCUACAUCGUCGUCUACUCCAUCAAUGACACCAUCACAACUUAUUGGACAUGAAUCACCAACUCUACGAAAUGAUAAACUUAAACUUGGAUCGAGCGGCAACAAUAACAACAACAACAAUAGCAACAGCAAUAAUAAUAUGGCUGGUAAUGUAGGUGGAUCACCACUUAGAAAAUCAACAAGUAUAUUUAUCCCUCGAACACAUCAUUCCUCACAAUUGGAUCUUUCAAAUAGUUUAUUGGGAAAUCCAAACAACUCUGCAGCAACAUUAUUCAAUACAUCUUCAUCUUCAUCGUCGUCGUCUCAACAUAAUAAUAACAAUCCUUCACAGAUGCAAUCUCUACAAUCAAGUAGCAGUGGUUUAAACAACAAUUCAUUAGAGAAACGUGGAAUACAGAAAAAGGGUAGAAUGCAGAUCCUAAACAUAGAACAAGUUCGUGAGAUUACUCAAACCAAUACAAAGAAAAAGAGACCUCUAACAGAAUCAAAUUCUGCUACAAAUUUGAAUGAAAAAUAUCAACAACAACAACAACAACAACAACAGCAAACUGGUCAACAACAACAACAACAACAAUCUCAACCUCCUCAACAGCAACAACAAUAUGUUCAACCUCCUCAACAACAACAACAAUAUGUUCAACCUCCUCAACAACAACAACAAUAUGUUCAACCACCUGUACAACAACAGCAAUACAAUCAACAAUAUCAACAGCAACAACCACCUGCUCAACAACAAUAUCAACAACCACCUGUUCAGCAACCACCUGUUGUUCAACAACAAUAUCAACAACCGCCUGUUCAACAACAACAACAGCAACCACCUGUUCAACAACAAUACCAACAACCGCAGAUGACUCAAAUGGAUCAAUUAAUUCAACAAUCUAUCCAACAACAACAGCAACAACAACAACAUAAAUUGACCAAUUCCAAUUCAAAUUCCAAUUUAAAUUCCAAUUUAACACCAAAUAUUGAGCAAAGUAUACUUGAUGAUAUUGAAAUGGUAACAUCUACAAGUACAACUGAAGCUUCAGCAACACCUACAAUGAAAGGAAAAGGACCAAAGAAACAAACAAAGAUUGUAGAGUCGACUGAAACGAAAAAGGAGAAAAAGGAAAAAGAAAAGCUAGAGAAAAAGGAACAAAAGGAACGGGAAAAGCUGGAAAAGAAAGAGGAAAAGGAGAGAGAAAAGUUGGAGAAAAAGGAACAAAAGAAACGAGAAAAGGAAAAGGAAAAGGAGGAAAAGGAAAAAGAAAAGGCCUCGAAAAAGGAAAACAAGAGAAAAAAGACAAAGGAAGACGACCAAUCUACUACAGUUGGUAGCUCUGGAGCAGUUGCUGAAACACUAAAGAAACAAAAAACGUCAAAGAAAACAAGCAAGGCUACCUCUACAACUACUACAAGUGGUUCAUCGGAAUCAAACUCUACCACUCCAAUCAUACCUGAUGAUAUUAUUACUGGACUUGGUGGAAAUACAAGUAGUACUCUUUCUUCACCUCAUUCUACCAACACCUCCAACACUAACAUCAACACCACCACAACCUCUACCUCUGGACCUACCAAUGUAAUCUAUCAACAACAAGCACAAAUACAAGGAGCUGAAGAUCUAAGUGGACUAUCGUCACUGAUGAAUGCCCUCGAACAAAAUGGAUCUAUACCACAAACAACUAUGGUGGAACAACCUCAACAACCACAACCUCAACCUCAACAAAUAUUCCAGAAACUUUCAAAUCAAAAUCCUUCAUCUUCUUCUUUACAAAUUCCAGUUCUUGCACCAGCUCUUGCAACACCUGUUGUCGCAGCUCCUCUUACUCCUAAUGCUUCUGUUACUGGACCACCAAUGGUUCAACAACCACAAAUAUUACAACCAACAUCACAAAUUGAAAACUCUCAACAAAUCAACAACAACAACAACAAUAUUGUAAAUUCUUUAACGACACCUACUACUCUUCCAUCUCUUCCUCCUCCUCUUCUAGUCCAACAACCUAGUAUACAACAACAACCACCACCACCAAAUCCAAGUCCACCAUUUACAUCAUUACAAACUUUUCAACAACCAAUAUCACCAUCAAUUCAAUCACAAUUAUCAACCACCUCUGCUACGACUCCUCCUCCACCACUACCAAUCCAACCGCAAACCAAUGUUAAUUUAGAUCAAAUUUUCCAAACGGCGACGCAUCUCACUCUUGAGAAUAGAAGUAUACUUGAACGUUUCUUCAAAACCGACAAGAGUAAUCCAACACCAGCAGAGGGGAACAUCAAACAGAUACCACUAUCCAUCGAACAAAAGGUCGAUAAAGGUGCUGAAAUUACAGAAACUGUCAUCUUUGAAAUUGAUUAUGAAAAGGAAACCUGGAAAAUAUUAAAAAGAAAAAAGAAAUCUCAAAAAACUAAUGUAUCCUAA